CAGCAUCCCUCAAGGCGCCUUUUCCAGCCCCACACCACCGCUGCUGGGGCCACGGAGGGGGGCCGGUGGGCCGGGCCGGCCGGCGGUGAUGCUGGGAGCCCUGCUCGCUGCUGCUGAGCUUUGACAGCCUGCUGGGGCCAGGACUGGGGAUAGAGGCAGGGCUGCCCCGCCUAGUCCCGGCACGGGAGGAGGGCUGCGAGUGGAAACGGGAACGCCUGCUCCACCAGCCCUCUCUCCAGCUGCCAGCUCGGCUCCUCCUUGUGAUGAUUUCUGGGGACCGGACGGGGGCUUUUUGGCAGGGCCGCGGCAGCUAAAACCCUACUGAGCGAGGCAAGCCUCCGUUCGAAGCAGAGGAGCCCAACUCUUCAAGUCCCAGAGGAUGCAAACCACGGAGCACCCCACAAUGCGGUACCCACCCGGGCACAGCUGCCUCCCGGAGAAGCAACCCAAGGAUCCGUCCUGUCGGUAGGCAGUGAGCCCUCCAGAGUCGCACUAGAGGGACAGUCCCUGUUUCACAUCUUGCUGGGUGGACUAUGGUGGCAGGAAGAUGCUGGCUCGGAAGAGUAUUAUCCCUGAAGAGUAUGUGCUGGCGCGGAUCGCAGCUGAGAACCUGCGCAAGCCCCGCAUCCGAGACCGGCCGCGCAAAGCCCGCUUCAUCGCCAAGAAUGGGGCAUGCAACCUGGCACACAAGAACAUCCGCGAGCAGGGGCGAUUCCUGCAAGACAUUUUCACCACCUUGGUGGACCUGAAGUGGCGUCACACACUGGUCAUCUUUACCAUGUCCUUCCUGUGCAGCUGGUUGCUCUUCGCCAUGAUGUGGUGGCUGGUGGCUUUCGCUCACGGUGACAUGGACCCAAGCACAGAGAGCACCACAAACAGCACAAAGUGGACACCUUGCGUGACGUGUGUGAGGUCUUUCACCUCUGCUUUCCUCUUCUCCAUUGAAGUUCAGGUGACCAUUGGUUUUGGGGGCAGGAUGAUGACAGAGGAAUGUCCCUUGGCCAUCACAGUCUUGAUCCUACAGAACAUUGUGGGUCUGAUCAUCAAUGCCGUCAUGCUGGGCUGCAUAUUCAUGAAAACUGCACAAGCUCACAGGCGGGCAGAGACCUUGAUUUUCAGCAGGCAGGCAGUCAUUGCAGUUCGAAACGGCAAACUUUGCUUCAUGUUUCGAGUAGGAGACCUGAGGAAGAGCAUGAUCAUCAGUGCCUCAGUGAGAAUCCAGGUUGUGAGGAAAACUACAACCCCUGAAGGAGAAGUCAUACCCAUUCACCAAGUAGAUAUCCCUGUGGAUAACCCCAUUGAAAGUAACAAUAUUUUCCUGGUGGCUCCCUUAAUCAUUUGUCACGUCAUAGACAAGCGGAGUCCUCUUUAUGAUAUCUCCGCUGCUGACCUGGCACUCCAAGAUCUGGAGCUCAUAGUGAUACUUGAAGGCGUCGUAGAAACGACUGGCAUCACGACACAGGCAAGAACCUCCUACAUAGCAGAGGAGAUCCUGUGGGGUCACCGCUUCGUGCCCAUUGUCACUGAAGAGGAAGGCGUGUAUGCUGUUGACUACUCCAAAUUUGGCAACACCGUCAAAGUGGCAGCACCUCGUUGCAGUGCUCGAGAGCUUGAUGAGAAGCCAUCAAUUCUCAUCCAGACCCUGCAGAAGAGUGAGCUGUCCCACCAAAACUCCCUACGGAAACGCAACUCCAUGAGGAGAAACAACUCCAUACGGAGGAGCAACUCCAUGAGGAGAACCAAUCCCUCCCUCAUCGUGCCCAAAGUGCAGUUUAUCACACCCGAGGGGAGCCAGAGUGCCUCAGAAACGUGAUACACAGCCUUGUGUAAGGUAGAGGAGUUCAAAAGAGAAGGCACUGUGGUGUUUGAUUUAAAUUUUAUUCUACUGAAGAAAAUGAGAACAUGAUGCAGAAAAGGAUUGUUCAAGGACUAUUUAUUAGAUUACUUACUGAAAUCACCACCUAAUGGCAUUAGGAAACACGUUAGCACUUAGUGUAUGAAUGAAUUAAAAUGGCAUGUACACUAAAGAAAACACCCAUGUAAUAUAAAGUGUAUUUAUACUUCUUUUAAUGGCAUGCUAUUUUUUUAAUCAUAUUUUUCCUAUUAAAGGUCUCUUUCUUAUCUGUUUCUGCUGGCUGUCACAAAAUGUGUUUUUCCUGUAGAACUGGGUUACCCACCUGCAGGCAGAAGUUCAAAACAGCUGCGUAUCAACAGCUUGCACAUACAUUGUGCAGAAUAUUUGGAAAUCAAUCUUCUUGGGGUGAAUUCUCUGUUCUCUUGAGAAGAGUAGCUAAAUUCCUCAGUGAUUUCACUGGAGAAGAGACAGGAUUUUCCCUUCAGUUUUCCAAGUCUUUUCUUUCCAUUGUUUUAUGGUAAAGUCAUUUUGAGAGCAAUGCCAGUCAGCCAAAUUGACCUGGCCACCCCAGAAGAAACCUGGUGCCACUCUGGGCAGAGCCAGGAGAAAAAAAUAAUAUUUCAGCAGGCCCAAGAAAUGGCAUGGCCUCUUGCAGGACACUGCUCUUGUUCUGUGGGUGAUACAUGACUGCGGGACAGCAGGUGUUUGUUAUGUAGCUGUAACCCAAGACUCAAGUCUUCCCAGACACCACUUGAGUAUCCAUGUCACUGAAAUUAUUCAAGUUGGAAACAGUACACAUGUCCUUAACAUUCUCCUUGUACUGGUG